AUGACUCAGUGGCCCGAUAUCACUGUCAAGCCUGCCGAAGGAGUGUCCUUCUACACCCCAGCGCAAUUCCCUCCGGCCGGCACAGCACGCAACCCUCAAACGAGCGGACGGCCUAUCCCUAACCUCUUCCAGCCUUUGACGAUCAGGGGCCAGACUUUCCAGAAUCGCCUGGGCCUGGCCCCAAUGUGCCAAUAUAGUGCCGAUGAUGGACAUAUGACCCCAUGGCAUAUCGCCCACUAUGGUGGUAUCGCCCAGCGCGGCCCCGGCAUGAUGAUCAUUGAAGCCACUGGCGUUGCGCCUGAGGGGCGCAUCACUCCUGGCUGCGUUGGUCUCUGGAAGGACUCCCAAAUUGAACCCAUCAGACAAGUCAUCGAGUUCGCCCACAGUCAAGGACAGAAGAUCGGAGUUCAGCUGGGCCAUGCUGGACGCAAGGCUUCGACUCUUCCUCCUUGGUUGGGUGGUGGUGUCGCGACCAACGCAGUGGGCGGCUGGGUGGACAAUGUCAAGGCUCCCAGCGCCAUCUCCUUUUCCAACGAUGGCAUUACGCCGAAGGCUAUGACGAGGGAGGAGAUCGACCAGCUGAAGGAGGCGUGGGUGGCCGCAACAAAGCGCGCCUUGGCUGCUGGUGCUGAUUUUAUCGAGAUCCACGCUGCCCACGGUUAUCUUCUUUCUUCCUUCUUGAGCCCGUCUUCGAACCAACGUACUGAUGAGUACGGCGGGAGCUUUGAGAACCGCAUUCGAUUAGUGCUCGAAAUCGCUCAACUUAGCCGCGAGACAGUGGGCCCCCACAUCCCUGUGUUCCUCCGUGUUUCCGCUACCGACUGGGUUCCCACCGACGAGCCAGGCUGGAAGGGCGUGGACACAGUGAAAUUGGCGGGAGCACUCGCUGCACAAGGCAUGGUGGAUUUGAUCGACAUCAGCAGUGGUGGCAUCGCCUCUGGGCAAAAGAUCAAAUCGGGUCCUGCGUUCCAGGUUCCAUUUGCAGCUGAUGUGAAGAAGGCUGUGGGCGACAAGUUGCUCGUCGCUGCUGUGGGCAUGAUCAACAAUGGCAACCUGGCCGAGCAGAUCCUGACAGAAAGCAACUUGGAUGUUAUAUUGGUUGGGCGUGCUUUCCAGCGGGAUACAGGACUUGCGUGGCACUUUGCGAAGGAUCUGGAUGUUGAGAUUGCUAUGGCGGCGCAGAUCCGUUGGGGGUUCACCAGUUUCCGAAAUGCUUCGGAGUACAUCCAGCCUAACUCGAUGAAGGCUUCCAUUUUUGAAUAG